AUGUCGUUUCCUGUCGUCAAUGGUGUCGAGGUUGCGGUGCCGCCUCCGUCGGGGUACAGAGUUGACUUUGAGAACCCUCUGACUGAUGCGUCGAUGGUGAGGAAUGCGUAUUGGAUUUUCGGAAUGGAGUUUGCGAUAGCGACGGCGUUUUUGGGACAGCGGAUGUAUACGAAUGCAGUGAUUUUGCGCAAGUUCUUGAUUGACGACUAUUUAAUUCUUUUCGCCUGGGUCCUUUCUAUUGCGGCUCAAUCAUGUCUUCUCAAUGCAUAUAGUCGCAAACUACUCGGCGUCCAUGCAUGGGAGAUGCCAAUCGACAGCAACACCGAGGCUAAUCUACUCGUCAUGUGUACAACACUGACUUAUAUCCCGACGACAAUCCUCUCCAAGCUGACACUCUGCUUCUUCUACUAUCGCCUCUCGCCGUCUCUAUGGUAUCAAUACUCGGUCUACUUUACCGGCUUUCUCUGCAGUGCUAGCCUCGUCGGUAUCUGGUUCAGUGUUCUGUUUGCGUGCAAGCCUAUCGCUGCGGGAUGGGAUGUGAGGAUGUCGGUUGGUGCCACGUGCAUCAAUCGCCCUCCCAUCUACAUCACCCAGGCUGCUUUUGGCUGCAUCACUGACGUGAUGUUGCUGGUGUUGCCUAUCCCGACAGUCAUCGGACUACAAAUGUCUGCUCGCCAGAAGCUUGGUCUCGUCGGUCUCUUUGCUAUCGGUUCCAUCACUCUCAUCACGUCCAUUGUCCGACUGGUUCUUCUUCUACCCAGCUUGUCAAAUCCCGAUCAAAGCUGGUCGUUGGCAGAGGGUUGCCUCUGGGUGUAUGUCAUCUACUCUCUCUUGUGUAACCCAUCUGACACAGAUAGCAUCAUCGAAGCCAACCUUCUCAUCAUGUGCGGUUCACUCCCAACACUUCGUGUCUUUCUCAAGAACGUCGCCCCUCGAGUUCUCGGCGACAAGAGCACACGAAAAGGCAGUGAAGAGCAAAGUGGAAGCGCCAACUUUGGCCUCCAUACCUUUGGUGGUUCAAAUGGACCGCGCCGCAAGUUUGAUACGCUCGUUGAGCUGGAGCAUGAUACUCACUUCAACAGAGUUAGCCUGCGGCCUGAGGGUAUGGGUAAGACGGACGUAAACAUCUACAGUGGACGGUCGGAUGAGUCGUUGGAGCACAAUCCCACUGGGGAUAAUGAUAGUGAGGACGGCAUACUGCAGACACCUCAAUCAUCAACAAACAUGUCAAACACGCGCAUUGAGAUCGAUCCGGAGGGCGAUACUCUUAUAAUUCUCCCAGUCAAGCCUGUCUCUACCCAAUCCGAGACCCCAGACUCUCCUACCGAGAAGCGUUUCCUUUGCUCCAAGAAGCAUCUGACUCUUGCCUGUCGUCGGGCAGCAAAACUCUUCUCAAGUCAGUUCAAAGAGGCCUCAGUCGAGUCAGACGGCCUCCACCACUGGAAAUUCGAGGGCAUCUUCGACGCUGAAGCAUUUGAGCUCGUUUUAAAGAUCAUCCAUGGCAAAACACGCAAUGUACCCCGCAGUGUUAAGCUGGAUCUAUUAUCCGACAUUGCGACGAUUGUCGACGACUUAGAGUGUCAUGAGGCUGUAGCCUUUUUCAGCACAAACUGGCUCUUUGGAUGGACUGUUGAAUGGCUUCAGCCUGGACAGUUGAGGGAUAAGCCAUUGGCUCAGGUGAUUCUAGCAUCGUUCGUCUUUGAGCACGCGUCGCUUUUCCAGACCUACACCAAGAUGGCUAUAAGGCACAACAUCGAUGUCGUAUCGACGUAUGAUCUGCCAAUCCGGGCAGAUGUUUCUGAUAAAAUUGAAAGCACGAGAAUCGACAUUCUGCAGCGUCUUGUGGAUGGGCUAGAAGGCCUUCAGACCAAGAUCCUUGCAGACAAGGUGGGCUGCAAUGAAGCGUGUCGAGCCAUGCUGCUGGGAAGUCUCUUGCAAGGAGCGAAGAAGUCUGGCUUGUACCCCCACCCCCAAUCGCCAUUCCCUAAGCUAUGCCUCGAUGCUGUUCUCGCAACAUUGGCCAACUUGCAGUCGCCGGCCUAUUUUGGGCCGCAAAGCCAAGGUCCUCUACUCAACUAUUCUGGCAGAUGGAACCUUGAUCCUACAUCUGCGAGCCUCGUUUCUGGGGGUCUUCUUGGAUAUCAAUCUGGUCUUGUCCAGGGUCAGCCAAAGCCUGCACCAGCUGGAACCAAUACCCCUUCUGCACCAACACCUCAACAAACUGCCAGCGCCGCUGGGCUCACUCAGCCUUCCGGUGGUCUUUUCGGUCAUAGGAGUGCUGCUCAAAACACCAGCACUGGGCCGUCGUUCAACUUUGGUCGCCCCUCUCACUCUUCUGGUGACCCCUCUGGUACAUCUACUGCAUCUCAGAACCCCAAGAGUCCUCAAGUAUCUUCGCAGGCUGGGACUAAAGGUUUAUUUGGUAGCAUCGCGUCUAAUGCCGGGACCCCUCCCUCAACGGCAGACAACCCAGAACAGCCUGGGACUAUCGUUAGGCACAACUGCCGCCUGAAGGACCUUAUCGAGCCCUUGGUAGUGGCAGCUGAAAAGGAAAUCACAGGGCUGAAACUUGCUGACUUCCCACGGCCGUAG